AUGGCACACCAGCGGAGAUUGGCAGACCAAAAGGCGUGGAGCGAAAAGUUCUCGACCACGGCAGGAUUCGAACCUGCAAUCUUCUGCUCCGUAGGCAGACGCGUUAUCCAUUGCGCCACGCGGCCUACUGUGGAUGGAUAUCGUGGCACUCCAACGGUGAUUAGCAGACCAAAAGGCGAGGAGCGAAAAGUUCUCGACCACGGCAGGAUUCGAACCUGCAAUCUUCUGCUCCGUAGGCAGACGCGUUAUCCAUUGCGCCACGCGGCCUACUGUGGAUGGACAUCAUGGCACACCAGCGGAGAUUGGCAGACGAAAAGGCGAGGAGCGAAAAGUUCUCGACCACGGCAGGAUUCGAACCUGCAAUCUUCUGCUCCGUAG